CGAGUGAAGGGGCCUGGUGGAUUUGUUCGAGGCCAUUCCUGCACCUCUCCAUCGACUAAAAUAAGUUGUCAGUAGUAACGGUCACCAUAUCGCGCAGACAAGACAGCAAAAGCAAUGAACGCAUUGAAAUAUCUCGGACUCCUUGCACUGGCGGGAAUCCUUUCGAAUGGAGAUGCGGUAGCAGUUUUUGGUCCGCCGACUUGUCCUGAUCCUUAUGGAGUCCACGCGUAUCCUCACCCUGAGGAUUGCUCCAGGUUCUUCCUCUGUACCAACGGCACGCUGACCCUAGAGCAGUGCGAGAAUGGACUUCUCUUCGAUGGUCAUGGAUCUGUUCACAAUCACUGCAACUAUCACUGGGCAGUCCACUGCGGAGAACGCAAGGCUGACCUGACUCCAUUCAGUUCACCCGGAUGUGAAUACCAAUUCGGUGUUUAUUCUGAGAGCGACGUGUGCAGUACGAAUUACAUCAAAUGUAUCCAUGGAGAGCCUCACCUGGAGGCGUGCACCCCAGGUCUUGCUUGGGACGACAAGAGUCACUCCUGCGUCUGGCCUGAUCAAUUGAUUCCUUACUGCAAUCCUGAGGCCAUCGUCGGCUUCAAAUGCCCAUCGAAAGUACCUAAACACACAGCUGCUGCUAAAUUCUGGCCAUUCCCUAGAUUUCCGGUACCUGGGGAUUGUGGAAGAUUGAUUACUUGCGUUGAUUAUCACCCUCGUUUAAUUACCUGUGGGGAGGGAAAAUUAUUUGACUCCAUCACCCUGAGCUGCAUGGACCCUGAGGAACAUCCACACUGUGCCGAUGGAUUGUAAAUACAAAAUUCCACCCCGGAUUCCUAGAGAAUUGAGUGAAAAAUUUUAGAUGAUUGAAUCUCCGGCGACUGGACCAUUUACCGCUGAGUAAAUUCAACAGAAUAAAUUUAUUCAACUAAUUGUUGAAUUAUAAAAAAUGAGAAAUUCUAUUAAAAUUAUAAUUCUCCCCAUUUCACCGGCUGUUCCAUAGAAAAAUCUAAUAAACUUUGAUUUUCCUUCCAGCACACAAAAAAAACAGAAGAAAAAUCGAAACCCAUUGAUUUUUAUAAUUUUUUAUUAUGAGAAUCAAUUACCAAAAA